GCACACCAAACGUCAUUAAAAAAAUACUCUGCGUGACUUCCUUGAAGCUGCCAACGUAUUCUGGGGGCUGUAGUUCUGCUGCAGACUCGACUGUGUUACAGAAGGGGCGGAGAUACAAGAAGCAGCGUGGAGGAAGGACUGUACAUAGCAUAGAGAAACUGGAGAAAAGCUGCCAACGUAUUCUGGGGGCUGUAGUUCUGCUGCAGACUCGACUGUGUUACAGAAGGGGCGGAGAUACAAGAAGCAGCGUGGAGGAAGGACUGUACAUAGCAUAGAGAAACUGGAGAAAAGACUUGGGAAAUGCCAAACUGCCAUAAUUUAUCUGACCUGGAGAAAUUUCUUGUUGAAAAGGGGUCUGAUUUGUCAGCUGCUUCUGUUUCACACAUAAUAGGGAAGGUCCCCCGUGCAGCAUACUAUGUUCCAGAGUACAUAAGUAAAGCAGAAGAGGAGUAUCUGCUCAGGCAGGUUUAUAAUGCUCCAAAGCCUAAAUGGACACAGCUGUCAGGGCGGAAAUUGCAGAACUGGGGGGGAAUCCCACAUGUUCGGGGUAUGGUGCAGGAAAAGCUUCCCUCGUGGCUUCAAACAUACGCUGACCAAAUUUCAUCGCUGGGUGUAUUUGGGGAUCACUGUGCCAACCAUGUGCUAGUGAAUGAAUAUAAUGCCGGGGAGGGUAUUAUGCCACAUGAAGAUGGUCCCAUGUACUAUCCCACUGUUACUACCAUCAGCUUGGGGUCACACACUCUCCUGGACUUCUAUGUACCCAUUAACAAAGACUGCCCAGAGGACCAGAACCAGGUUUCCAGCACAGAAGAGCAGCGGCAUAUACUUUCUCUCCUUUUGGAGCCACGGAGUCUCCUCGUGGUACGUGAGGAGCUGUACACUAGUUAUCUGCAUGGCAUUUGUCCAAAGACCUCUGACACACUGGGCCCGAAGGCAGCAAACUUAGAAAAGUGUACAGCACAUUCUGGGGAAACACUACAAAGGGGUACUCGUGUCUCACUUACUAUUAGAUUUGUUCCCAAAGUACUAAAGACCUCAAUCCUUUUUGGUAGGGGGCGGUGAGUAUAUCAGCAAAGCAAUUUUGCUGGUGGAUGUGGAAUACAUUGAGUUUAUUAGUGUCACAGUUAGCUAUGGAGCUCAAAAUAUGUAAAGCACAAAAUGUAUAGUAUGUUCUUGAUGAAGGGACUUUUCUCCCGGAAUAUACACAAUGAGCCUACAAAAUGAAAUAAAAUAGUUUGCUUUACCAUUAAAA